CGCCAAACGUAGCACGUGACCGUAGCGAACCACAGUAGAACCGCUGGGAAGGGCACCGUCGUAUUCGCGAACGCCCCCUUUCGCCGACUCAGAACACCACUCUACAGCAGUGCGCGCACGGAGGAACGACGUUCUGUAAGGCCUUAUAUUAUCGUGUUUCGUAUGCGCCGCGUUCCGAACCCUUCUUCCUUCGAUUGCCUGUACAACCGGUGUAACGAAGCCAUUGUCUUCCUCGGAAAUUAUUAUUUACUCCAAGGCGUGAAAGGAGGGCGAUCCCAGUCUAAAGACUUAUUAUUUACUCCAAGGCGUGAAAGGGCGAUCCCAGUCUAAAGACUUUGAAGAAUGUCAACAACGCAAAAGAACCGAGGGCGAUUAGCUGAUAAGAAGAACCUGGGGAAAACGACACAAAAUGGGCAGGUGUCUCCCUCUGCCGGCCUGGAGAACAGCACAGACGAACAGGCACAUAAACAGAAAAAUGAAAAUGACGGCUUACCUGCGGAUGACUACACCAAUAGUUUCAAGGGCUUAACAAUUCUAGCCCAAAAUAUUAAGUCAAGCCACCAGAGGGCUCUGACGACAAUGGACACAGUGCGUAAACAAGUUCGAGGGGGAAGCACUAGUCCUGAGCCCAAGAGAGAGAGUCGUCUGACCACCAUCAUUGACCAGUUGCUAAGCAACAAGACUAAGGAUAAGCACCUAACUGAAGUCUAUAACAAAAGAAGUUGUAAAGGCAGAGAAAAUUUAUAUGAAAAUCAACCUCACAGUCCAGCGUCUCAAGAUAAUG